AAAACGAGAAUAAUUUAAAGGAUGAAAUAGCUUAUAACUAACACAGAUCUCAUUUAAUAGAACCCUUUGGCAUCAGUGAGUAGAUAUUCAUUUGUGUUAGUACAUCAUUACACGUAGUACAUCUCCUGUUGAUACGCACUGGCUCUAUCUAUCAUUUUUUGUUAAAGAUAAUAUUAGGUUUGUAUUGAGAUGUGUUAAAGAACCACAAUCUAGCCCAUCGUAGUUUAAAACAAAUACUUUAAAUGCCUCCUGUCUUUGGUUUUUUGUUGCAUUUUAGGUACUGUUUUCUUCAAACAACUACCUGGUGCUGACUGAUCGAGGACGGAACCACCUCCAAAUGGCACACAGCAGACACACAACCAGCCUGCAGAUAGCGUGUGUUGUCAUACUAUGUCUCUCGAGGGUUGAAGCAACAGUUGGCAAUUUACAGUUUCCAGUUCCUCUGGAAGAAUUAUUGUGGAGUGACCAUGGUCCGCAAAAGGGGAAUGAGAGUGAACAAGAUUCACUGGGACUAUUUAUUCGAGAUCAAGUGAACAGAUUGAACUUACACUCCGUUAUGGAGCGGAUUAUAGAUGAACAAAGUUUUGAGAACCGUUAUAUCCAAAGGUGGCUAUCUCCAAUCGUUGGCGUAUCGAACAUAACUGUUACAACACAAUCUAACGUCUCUUCGGAAUGCCUGCACCAGCUUACAGGAUGGAUCUCGAAUAUGCAACGGUUGUCAGGGUGGGCUUUGAAGAUGCUUGAUUCCUGGGGAAAGAUUCAAGCCGGUGUUUUGAGUGGUCGUCUCCAAUGGCUGGGGAGUUUCCGCGAGUGUUAUAGCGUGCAAGGGUUCCUGGACGAUGGGCAGACUGGUCUUGUGAAAGGCAGGUAUUGCUCAUUGGAAUCAAAAUUGCAUAGUAGUGUUAAGCAAUACAAGUUCAACGUGUUCGAAGGUAUCUGUGUACCGGAUGCGUGUCAUUCUAAAGAUAUUCAAGUCUUUGUCGAUGUCCUCCUACACAUGACUCGAGUAGACAAAGUUUUGCUGAAGACACACACGACGUGUAAAAAUGCAGAAACUACAUUCACAAAUAGCAUAAUCAUCUUCUUUGUUAUUUUCUUAUUGCUGCUUUUGCUUGCAUUCACUGCCACCCUCGUAGACUUAAAGUCCGCGAGAUUUGCGCCGGUGAGUGCGGCGUGUGACAUACAUGCUGAUAACCACGAUAGAAAUGGCGUUGUUAACGGGAACAGCUCACUUGUGGGAUCGGCCUAUCACACUGUUAACGCCAGGGACAAGGUCGAAGACGAGCGCUCACCAUUUCUUCGCUAUCAUUCAAAUCAAAAGAAGCGGAGAAUUGGAAGAGAGUUACUUUUGAGCUUUUCGUUGAAAUCAAACUGGAGCCAGUUGUUUUGUCUCAAACCUCAACAAGGAGCAGGUUUUCUCACCUGUUUAGAAGGAAUACGUACAAUCACUUUGGUGUGGAUUAUUUAUGAACACGUCCUUUUGAAUACACUUGCUUUUGCAGAAAACACUGGUGAAUUUAUCAAAGACGGAGUAACGUCCCUAUGGACGCCGAUCGUGUCCAACGGCACUGUUUCGUGUGAUACCUUUUUCACUAUGAGUAGCUUGGUGCUCACGUACUCGAUGCUGAAGUCGAUGAACGAAUGCAACGGCAAAGUGAAAUGGUUCCAGUAUUACGUAAAUCGCUACUUCCGACUGACGCCGCUCAUGAUCUUUGUCGUGAUGUUCUACUGGAAGACAUUUCCUUCAUGGGCAUCGGGCCCUUGGUGGUUGUCCCAAGCCCAGCAUGAAAAGCAUUGUUACGGCACGUGGUGGCGUGACUUGCUCUACAUGAACAACUUCCUGGGAGGCUGCUACCACGUCACGUGGUAUCUAGCCGUGGACAUGCAGCUGUAUCUGAUUAGCCCUAUCUUCCUGUUGGCCCUCUACAGAAAGCCUGCUGUUGGCAUCUGCCUUCUCACUGUGUGUACUUUAGCAUCCAUCUCUUACACGCUUUAUCUUAGUUAUACGAAGCACCUUACACACGUAUUAGUAAAAAUGAAGCAUAGAGCAAGUCAAAAGUUUUUUCGAGACCAGUACUACGUUCUACCGUGGUGUCGUGCUCCCCCCUAUUUGAUCGGCAUGGUAAUGGGCUACGUGCUGCACAGAACCCGAAUGAAAAUUUCCAUAAAUUGGAAGUGGCAGAUCUUUGGGUGGAUCAUCUUCAUACUCAUACACAUUAGCAAUUUCUACAGCGUCCAACACGCAUUCGUAUUUUAUCCUGAUUACUCACCUCUCAGCCCGGCAGAGAACAGUGCAUACAUUUCCCUGACACGUCCAGCAUGGAGUCUCGGAGUAUGCUGGGUCAUUGUCAUCUGUGUCACCGGAAAUGCUGGGGUAAUCAACUCCUUCCUGUCUUUGCCUAUAUGGGCCGUCGGCGGCAGACUAUCAUAUGCCGGUUACCUGACGCACUUGUUUGUUGUGUUUUGGUACCUAUACAGUAGGACGAAGAGCGUGCGCGUGGAUUACUGGGGUGUGCUCAUAGAUACCUCGGGGAUUCUUCUCAUUACAUUCUUCAUUUCUGUGUUUCUUACCUUGUUGAUAGAGAUGCCCCUUAAGAACAUACUGGGACUGUUGUUAAAGAAGUGACCUUUGACGCCAUUCUGGAACUGGGGACAAUUUUUGCAAAGUGGCUGUUAUCUUUUAAGAAUGGAAAAAAACCCAACAUAUUGACAAUGGGCAUAGUACUAUAGGCAGCGAAAGAUCUUGUCAUGAAUUCUUCUUUUGGCGCCUAUAAAAUGGCAGCUUGCACUGUAUGCUUCCUUGGAAGUUGAGAUUAUUUCAGAAUAAAUUAUAGUGUCAGGUCUGCUGGAUUAAUAUAGACUGUGUAAAGCGCACAGAGCAGCCUGUUGAUGAGCGGGAAUUUAGCCUAUACAAAUGAUAUUUAUAAUUCUUCUUUUUCUUCUUCUUCUUCUUCUUCUUUUUCUUCUUCUUCUU